AUGGCGGCGUUGGUUGCCGUCGGGAUACUGUCGGCCGGCUGCUCGCAGGGUGCGUAUCCGCUGGAUAUCUUCUACGAGAUGCACUACCAGCCGUCCUACCGGGUCCAUGAGCCGCCGCGGUUGAGCCCGCCCGAAUCGGCGGUGCCGUGGUACGGUUCCACGCCCCCGCAGCCCACAUCAUUCGCGGGUUCCGGCAAGCACCUGUUUGAAGUCAACUGUGUGAUGUGCCACGGGGCAGCAGGCCAGGGCGAUGGCCCGGUGCUGGCGCGCAUGGCGGUGGAUUAUGGCUACCGCACCACCGAUGCACCGCUACUGAAUCCCAUCCUCACCUCUCCCGUCGCCACCGGGCUCGACCGCGACGCUUUGCGCGGCGUGCUGAACGGCGGGGUGAACGUGAUGCCUAACUUCUCCAAGCUCCUCACGCCAGACCAGAUUGAGCUGGUGCUGGACUAUGUUCAAGGCUGCAUCCAACAGGGCGAUGCCGCUGCGUGCCACAUCGAAUUGCGCUCGCCUCGGUCCGCCGGGGCGAUUUGCGUAUCGUUGGCUCGUGUGAUUUAUGAGGCGUUUUCCUGGCAUCGCGGCGUCCUGGGCGCCGGCUUAUUGGUGGCAAUACUGGCCGGCGUCGCCAUGGGUUACGCCGGCGGCGCAGUCUUUGCCCAGUCGGAUGGUGUCGAAGGCGCUCCAGCGGCAUACGAUGAAGCCGAGGCGCAGGCGAUUGACCGGAUGCUGAUGUGUCCCGUCUGCCCGGCGGAGAGCAUAGACCAGGCCCAGGUGCCCCUGGCCAGGCAGAUGCGCGCCCAGGUGCGGCAGUUGCUCGGUGAUGGCGCCUCCAGGGACGAAGUGCUGGACUGGUUCAAAGCCCGCUACGGCCCGAGCAUUGUGGCCGAACCACCCCGCUCCGGGUUCAACCUGAUUGCCUGGAUUGUGCCGGGGGUUGCGCUCAUAGCCGGGCUGGCUGGUGGAGUGUUGGCCUUGCUAUCCAUGCGCCGCCGCACCGACGAUGAGACUGCCAGCAAUCUGAGCGACGUUGACCCCGCAUUGCAGCCGUACCUUGCCGCCGUCGACCGCGACCUGGCGCUGGAUGCCGGGGACCGAGAGGGGCGCAACGAUGGGUGA